AUUACUGUGUCCUGUAAGCUUGAUCAGGUCACAUCAGAAACAGUAGGUGCGUGCCACGCUGCUGUCAGGUUUCGCGAAGGUGGCGGUGACUACAGCCUUGUGAGUAAUUCCUUGUCAUAGUGGCCCCACUAAGGACCCAGGGGCCCGGCUGUGUUUGGUCUUGAGAGCUUUAUGCUUUUCUGGGCAGGGUCUCUCCCCAUCUUGAAGUCUUCCCUCCCCUUUUUUGGAGACUAAAGGAAGGAAAAGAGGAGCGACAGGGAAGAGGGGAGAGAGGAUUUGCAGCAAUGUGGCCAUUCCCACAGAUUUCAAGGCAGAGUUAAGGAGCCGAGACACCCCCACCUGCCCUCUUGUGUGCCUCAGGGCCCUCCUGGCCCCAGGUCACCCACACCCUCUGGCUUCCAGCGAGAGCUUCUUGGAGAAGCAGCCAGCUCCCCGCGGCCAGUCUUGGUUAGUCCUGGGCUAGAGUAUUCCACAGUAAAGGAGUGACAUCACCUGUCUGAAGAGCAUAAGGAGCCCCCCACGUGGUGGUGCUGACAGGGCCACAUCCUGGGCACCAGGCCAGCCAAUAUCCCCAGAUGAGUGUUUCUGGCUUGGAAGCAGGCUGGCAUUUGGAUUGAAGUCCUGCAAAAACUGCCAUGGCCAGAGCCUGCAAGGCAGAGCCUGUACAGAGCAGCCCAAGAGCCGGGCAUGUGCUGGGUCUGGGUGGACGUGGAGUACAUGCCAUGGGGCACGGGGGCCCCUGCUCACAGCUCACCUCGUGGUCACCCAGCACUGACCCACCCAUCUUACCCUGCUACCCACCAUGCUGUGAACUCACCUGCCACGGAUCUGCACCCACUGUCCGAAGCCCUCGGCCCACACGGGCUCCUGGCCUUGGGAUGCUUUGGGUUGCACCAGGGCUGCAGAGCCUGGCUCUCUCACUGUCCAACUCUCCUGGGGAGAUGUGGGCCCCGCCUUGCAUCCCAACAGUAGCAUUUCUGCAGCAGACGUGGGGAUAUUCACAGUAAGAGGGACACGUCCAAGUCCAUAAAUAGUUGAUUUUGCCACCAAGUGGAUGACAAAAACACCUUGCUGUGUGGGGCCGCUUGGAGCUGGGAACAGUGGGCGUGUGGACCUGUCCUGCUGUUACCUUGGUUAACACCCUGAGGUGGAGCCUGAAAAAGCCCGGUGUACACGGGCUCAAGAACCGCUCCCCUUUCUGACACCAGAGCCCAUUUCCCAGUGGAACCUCAGAGCAGCAACUCAGGUUCUUGCUCGCCUGUGUGGCUUUGCGUGUGACUUCCAGCCGGAGAGCAGAGAUGUGGCAUGGGGCUGAGUGUGGCCCACCGGUAAUCCAGCUGCCGGCUUCCUUCCCUGCCUGCGCGUGGAGGCUGCCUCUGCACGAUGAAGGCAGUCACUUAGUGUGGUCCUUACAGCUGUGUGCCCCAUCCCACUGAUCGUGGACUGCCUACAGAAAGCUACAGGGACUGGCUUUGCCUUCAAAUGUCCUGACUGCCCUGGCCUCGCUUACCCACGAUGAGAUGCCGAGAGCUGAGCUGUCCCGCUCGUGACUAACUUGCCGCUGCCUGCAAGCUGCUCUGUUGCCGGCCUCACACCCACCCUGCUGUGCUGCCUGCACGCCUCCCCUUUCAAGAGGACCUGGGCUGUGCCCAGGCAGUCCCCUGUGUUGCUAAGGCCUGUCCUGCUCCCACAUGGCCUCCAGAGCUCCCCUUGGUCCCCUGACCCACAUGAACCGGCUUCCCCUGAUGACUCAGGUCCCUGCUGUCCCUUCCUGGACCUCAGUGGAGGCCCUGGGGCUGGCAUGUGAGCACCCAGCACCCCCGCUAACUGCUUGGCCCUGCUGCUUCAGGCUUACAAGAGCACGUGCGACAUGGCUGAGGCGCAAGGCCACCACCGGGAGCUUUGCAUCCCCCUGUGUGUGGUGCCGGCCACGAUUAACAACAAUGUCCCAGGCACAGAAAUAAGCCUGGGCACCGACACUGGCCUGACUGCUGUUGUCCAGACCUGCGACCGCAUCAAGCAGUCCGCCAGCGGAACCAAGCGGCGCGUGUUCAUCAAGACCAUGGGCGGCUACUGUGGCUACCUGGCCAACAUGGGUGGGGGGAUCGUGGCCGGAGCCGACGCCGCAUACAUUUUCGAAGAGCCCUUCGACAUUGAGGAUCUGCAGUCCAAUGUGGAGCACCUGACGGAGAAAAUAAAGACCACCAUCCAUAGGGGCCUUGUGCUCAGGCCUGGCUUACGUGAAAUCGACAUCCUGGGUCGAAAUCAUCAUUUCUAUUUCACAGCAAAGUGUUACUGUAUAACUGAUAUUUCAUAUGACUCUAACCACCAACAGGGUGGGGCACCUUCUCCAUUUGAUAGAAACUUUGGAACCAAAAUCUCUGCCAGAGCUAUGGAGUGGAUCACUGCAAAACUCAAGGAGGCCCAGGGCAGAGGAAAAACAUUGACCACCGAUGAUCCCGUUUGUGUGCUGGGAAUCAGCAAAAGAAAUGUUAUUUUUCAACCUGUGGCAGAGCUGAAGAACCAAAUGGAUUUUGAGCACAGGAUUCCCAAAGAACGGUGGUGGCUCAAGCUGCGGCCCCUCAUGAAGAUCCUGGCCAAGUACAAGGCCAGCUACAACGUGUGAGACUCAGGCCAGCUACAGCACGUGCAGCCCUGGAGCCUCUAAUCCAGUCCCACCUGCACGUGCCUGCAACCUGGACUCACCGUGGACCAUCUGUUUUUGUAAUACUUAAGUUAUUGAUCAGCACUUUAUGCAGGUAUUGACAUUAAAACCUAAUCAGUGAGCACCUGUCACCGCCCAUGUGCCCCACCAGCUCCAGUGUGUGCUGUCUGUGGACUGUCUCAUGCUUUCAGAUGUGCGUAUUAAACAUUUGCCUACAACUCCAAGUAGGGUGGCUACUAAGGGUUUUCUCAGCAGUUUUGUGGGCAAAGAUUAUCAAAAUAUUUUUAUAGGGAUCACUGAACUAUGUGCAAGUCAUAAAAGGAGAACAAAGCUAGUAGUUUACACAGGCCAAGGGGAAUGCCAUGUUUACUUACUGUUACAUAUUUGUCACGUGUCAGUUUCCAUCCAGAGCAGCAGGCCAGGACCCUGGGCCUGGACCCCAGGCUCCUGCUCUCCUUAGAAAGUAAAAGAGAACACAUGAAUCUUA